AUGCAGGCUACCGUGCAGUUUCUGCAGAGUUACCGGGAGUAUGUGAAGAGUGCCUCCAACAGCCUCUCGGAUAGCUUGGGCGUUCAAGGGAGCGGGAACAGGAGGCAUGGGUCUGAGUCAGCAAGGCAGCAACAGCAGAGAGAAGCGGAUGAAAACCUCGCAAAUCACUUUGCCUCGGUGCAGACCAUCUCAGACACCACAACGCUUCCGCAGAUGCUGGAGGAGCUUGAGAGGCACUUGAAUCGUGCUGCCAGCCUCGACGCCCUCAUACUCCGAAUACGGCAGAUGAAAGGUGGUGAUGGCGAGGCUGAUGCAACAAAGCUUGCCCUCUGGAGGGAGCUGGCAGAAGCAGGCUUUGCGAGGACGGCAUCUGCUAUCUGGUUGCUCCCGUUGCUGCAACUCCUCCUGAGGGUGCAGCUGAACAUAUUGGGACGCCAACUCUUCAUGGAGUCAAAUUUCCUGGAACCCAGGGGCAGGCCGGGAGCGUGGAGGGCACUACCGAUGAGGCUGCGGCCCACUGAGCUGAUCCGCGUGGGCAAGGGCGCUCAGGAGGAGUUCCUGGAGUAUGCUCACUACCUGCCAGAGCGCAGCGUGCAGGCGACUGUGGAGCGCCACAAGCUGGCUGCCUAUUCCGCCUUGGAUGGGCUUGAACUGACGCAGCCGUUGAGUGCUGAGCAGGUGCAUAUCGUGGUUUCCAAGAUGGCUGCUGAAUUUGAGGAGGCAGUGAGGCUGUCAGGCGGCUGGGUGGAUCUCGCCCUGCCCAGCGCAGAAGACGCAGCGCGCUACUUUGCCAGCUUCAGAAGGACGCCUCCUGAUAACAGCGCCCUGGUCCCAGGCCCGCAGGUGGCCAUAACAGAUGAGGAGAUUGUGCGCGCAAUGAUGGAGGAGGUUGAGCAGGUCAUGAGCCGGCCGCUCUUCUGCACAGCACUGAAGGCGGCAGUGGAUGAGGUGAUCAGGCAGGUGAGGGACCUGGUGCAGAAGGAGCUGGGAGAUGCGCAGCUGCCCAUGGCCAAAGUGGUGCCACGAGUCAGCCUGGUGGCUGACGCCCUCCUGAAGCCAGAUGGUGCCAUCCGGCAGUCGGUGAUUGCCGCCAUUGCAGCGCUGCCAGAAGUCGAAAAGCUCGCGGCAUCGGUGUAUUCCUUCGGGCCUCAGUGA